AAUGGGGAAAGCUAAGGCAGUGGAGCCAGAACCAGCUGAUAAGAUUAUACGAACUUUGGGAGAAAAUCUGUGUAUAGAAGUUUCUGAGGAGGAGAAGAAAUAUAGAAAUAAAAAGGGUCCAGAUGAUGUGAAGCACAUCCGUAAAGAGAAGCUGAAGUGUACAGUCUGCGGUAAGAGUCUGGCCGAUCUGGCCAAGAAGGCAACAGAACCGUAUGUACACAUGGUUCUAGGCGUAUUGGUGUGUGGGGACUGCUCAUCAUUCUAUGGUGAUGGCUAUUUCUCCGUAGAUGAGGACGGAGAUGAUAAGUACUGUCGAUGGUGUGGUCAGGGAGGCACACUAUACCUGUGUUCCAGUUGUACUUGCGCUUUUUGUAAGAAAUGUAUGAAGCAAAAUCUGGACAAGCAAGACCUAAAGGAUUUAGAGUCAGAUGAUUGGAAAUGUUUCAUCUGUAAACCAAAGCCUCUAUUUGAGUGUCGGACCGUUUGUUGGUUUUUGCAAGAAAAUGCUUCCAAGGCUAAGAAUGAAAAAGAUGAAGAAAAUGAUAAAGAAGAAACACCUCCAACAAGAUCAAGGAGGGAAAGGGGAAGCAGAAAAUCUAUAAAAGAAGAGAACACGACUCCAGCAUCACGAAAACGAAAAGCAAGUGAAGUGGAAGAUGAAUCUGAAACUGAAAAAGAAAGAGGAAGCAAGAGGCGUAAGAGUUCUGAUUCAGGGAAGGAGACUAAGCAACAAACCACUUCAUCAAACAGGAGGUCAAGGAGUCAGUCCGUGAAAGAAAAGGAGGAUGAAAAAGAGUCUGAGGAUGAAUCUCUUAAAAAACCAUCUACAGUCGAACCUAGGUCCAAAAGAACCAGAGGCUCAAAACCUGAAGUGGAAUCCUCACCAAUUAAGAAGUCACCACGUGUUUCCAAGAGAAAUGAAGAUCAGUCCAAAAAGAAAACAGAAGAAAUCACAGUUUCUGAUGAUGAAAAUGAAGAGAAAGAUGAUUCUAUUGAAGAAGUUCCUAAAAAAGGAGCUAAUAAGUCUUUAAGAAAGGAUAGUUCUCCAGCUAUGGCAAAAACAACCACAAGCCAGGAAAAAGUUGAAAAAAGAGUUCGGUCCAAGAGACAUUUCUCUGAAAAAACUGUUAAAGAACCUACAAAUGUUGAGCCUCCUUCUAAAAGGCCAUCUCGAAGUUUGGGUAAAAAAACAUCCCCGUCAGAAAAAAAUGUAAAAUCCAAGAAAACUGAGGUUGAUAAUGAAAUUGAAAGUCCUAAACGCAAUCAACGAUCAACUAAAAGAAACCGCUUAAACAAAGAUGAAGACGAAGAUGAAGAAGAGAUUAAAAUGUCAGAUUCUGAUGUACAUUUGAUAUCCCUUGAUGGGAAUAGUGAGAGUGAAACUGAAUCAAAAGGAAAACCAACAAAACGUAAGGCAGUCUCUAAAUAUAGUUCACCAAUGAAAUCAAAAUUGAAUUUAUCUAAAAACGCAGAUAGCAAAGUAGUUCAGGCCAGCGGGUACAUAAAUUCUGCACUUAAAGAUAUCAAGGAACUCAGUAUCCUAAUUUCAAACCGCUGUGAGAAACUUUGUACCAAAAGUAUACAGUCAAGUGAUGAUGUUAUUAGUGUAUGUAACAAGUUACAGCAGUUAAUGACAGGUGUUCAUACAAAUUUGGGACUGAUAGAAAAAGGUUUGAAUACUAAGAUAAGUAAUUGGCAAGAGGUAAAACUGGAAGAUAAGAACAUUUCUGAGGAAAAUGUAUCUGAAGUAAAAUCUGUAGAUAACCAAGAACAUACUGAAGGUAGUAGCACAUUAGAAGGAGAACAAAUUAAUGAUGAAGAAGAUUCCAGUAUUGAUAAAAGUCCAGAUGAUAUAGAAGAGCUUAAAAUAACAGAAGGUAGUGCCAGUCUUCAAAUGGGGAACAGUGAAAAUCCAGAAGAAGAAAUGGAGGUUGAUGACAACAAUGAAGAGAGAAUGACAGAUCAAGUUGAAAAUGAGAAAGAACAAAAUUUAAAUGAAAAGACUGAUAGUGAGUUAGACAAUAAAAAUGAUGAGAAAGAACAUAUUGAAGAACCUGUUGAAAAUAUUUCAGACACUUCAGAAAAGACUAACAGCGAGGACAAAGAAUCUGAUACUGAAAAAGAUGAUAAACAGGUUGAAAUUACUGAAGAAAACGAUGAAAAUGAAAUUUCAUCGCCAGAAAAAGUAGAAGAUGUGAAAGACAGUAGCAAGGAAGAUGAAGAUACUGAGGAGAGCAUAACCAAUAAUAAAAAUGAGUCUGUUGAUAAAAUUGAAGAGGAAGAAACUGUUGAAGAGACUGAGAACAAACCAGAAAAUAGUGAAAAUACUACAGAAAACAGUAAUGAAUCUCAAAAUAAUAAAUUGGAUGUUAUAGAAGAAAAGAAUGAAAUUAGGGAAAAAGAAAAGGAAAAUGUGGCUAAUGAAACGGCUUUUCCUAGUUGUGGCUCUGAGAGUCUUGAUGUAUAUAAUAGUGAAAGUGUAGAUUCUGUAUCAAGACAGUCGGGUGCUAUAGUUGUAAGUAAAUCACAAGAUAAUGGAUUGGGUGACACUAAAAAAUCAAGUGACGAAGGAGUAUUGGGAGAUGUUUUCAGUGAAGAACGGACAAAUGAUAAAAAGAAAGAAGAAAAUGUGUCACCAGAAGUAAUGGAUGUAGAUACUGGAGAAAAUGAAAGUACCACAGGAAGUGACAAACCUGCCAUUCUAGAAGACAAUACUCACAAUACACCCACAGCCAGUCAGUCAGAAGAAAGAGGAGAAAGUGAAGAACUCAAGAAUGGUACAGCUGACGAUGAGAAAGUAGAUACAGAAAAGAAGGAGGACAAGUCAAAGGAGAUAGAGUCAACAGAACAGAGAAGUACAGAAAAGAGAGAAGAGAACAGAAUAAGAACUCCGAGCGAUGAGCACAAGUCAAGUGGCAGUCCUCACACAGACCCAUCCCGAAGGCUGUCAGGGGACAGAGACAGGGAGAGGGAACGAGGGGGAGGUGGCAGGUAUUCCCAGGAGCAGCGUUGGUCUGGAGACCGUGGUGGAUCCUGGAACCGUGAUCGUGACCGUUACCAGGAUCGUGGCUGGUCCGGUCGAGGGGGCUCGUGGAAUCGCUAUGAAGACAGGCGGCCAAAUCGUGGCGGUUGGGGAUGGAACCGUUAACAAGUGUGAUUUGAGGUGGUGAGCAGUUCAGGCAGUGUAAAUAUUUUGAAAUGUUGUACAGUGGAACUUUUUUAUUAUAGUUGUAAGAUAGGUAUAGAUUCGUGAACUUGUACACAUCGUGGUGAGUCAUAAUUUGCUGUCAUGGUCAGUGUUGGGUUACUUGUUUUACUGCUUUGUCGACAGCUAAGCGAAAAACAAUAGGGAGGUUUUUAGAAAAGCUGUGAAGAGUAUUGAUUCAAGAAAAGUCAUCCAUUAGGAUACACAGUUAUUUUAUAAUGCCCUCUCUGAAAACUUGGAAAACAUAAAUGAAUGUUUGUAAGGAGUUGUGGGUUUCUUUGGUAUGAAACAGUCUCAUUAUAUUUUUAUUUUGUUUUGAAUUAAAUUAACCCUAUGUAUUCUGUUAAUGUUUAUUCUGUGAGGAACAGGUCUAGUUGCUGAAAUAUUCAAAUUACAAUUUUCUUUUGUCAAUGUUCAUGGUAGAAUGAGUCUCAAGAAAACUACAAGAUAGUAACAAUCUAUUGUUGAGAUUCUCAAUACACACACAAUACAAUUGCCCACCUGCUGCUUUCAUAGCUGAGCAAUAAAUUCAAAAAAACUUGUAUGUAACAUUUUAAAUUUUAUUUCUUAAAUUCUUCAUAAGUUUUACUCAAAUGGUGGACAUUUUCUCAAUUUAUUUUAACCCUCGAGCUGGAAGUGGUGCCUCGUCGUACUGGCACUACAUGUGCAAGCAUAUUUUAUAUAUAUAUAUAUAUAUAUAAUAUAUAUAAAAUCUAUCUCAUUUCAUGAUAAUAGUCCAAUUGUAAAGUUUUAUAUACUGAUGUAUUCACAAGGAUGUGAUAAGUAGUAUAUAACAAUAAACUGUGGAUUCCAUGACAUAACAUUUUUAUAAAAGAAAAAAUUUAACCCUUUCAGUGCCAAACAUUGUUAUGUAAUGUUAGUCAGUAAUGCCAAGGUUAUUUUUACAGGUGUUAUCCAAAAGUGCUGUGCCAUUUUUUAGCAAUUUGUGUAUAGUUAUUAUAAAAUGUCGUAACUUUUUUAUGUAUGUUACACUUAAUAUACUCAAAAACUUUCUUAUACUACAAGAAAAGUAUAAGAUAACGACAGUAAAAUCUUAGCUUUAUUUUUUUAGGUUCAACAGCUCAAAUAAGUACCAUAAAAAAUUCUCACACUCAGUAAAGUCAAGGAUCCCAAAAUAAAAAUAUAGCAUUUUUUAGCUGUCGCUCACUUUUGUUAUAAAUAAACAUUGAUACUAGUUGAUAGGAAAAUGAGCAGGCUUACUCUGAAAACUAUCUUCUAGGGUCCACUGAUUGAAAGAACACAUAAAAGUAUACAUAUUUUACACAUAAUAGUAAACAAAUUUUACACAUAAUUAGAAAUGUUCAAUUGCACUGGAAUCUUUUAAACCAAUAGAGAACAUUCUAGUUGUCUGUUCAUUUUGGUUGCAGUCACUGUGGAAAGCAGUAUUGCCAUUUGACUUUUUAUAGACACUGUUGUCACUGUGUAACUGUUGACAAUGUAUUGAGUACUACAGGGUGAUUGAAAAGUAAGUUGCACCCCCCAGAGUAACUAAAUAAGCCAGACCUUUCAAGGAACUUGUUAGAAAUUUGGAGAACCUCUCAUAAUCUGAUUAGAUAAGAGCAUUGCGUAGCUUAAGAGUUAGAUAAACAACAAAAGGUUAUUUGUUUCCCCAACUACUUCCCCCCACUCCAAUACCACAAUCCUCAUCUGUAGUUACCCAAAUAAGUUUUGUCUUAAUUGGUUUUUCAAUAUUUAUUAAGUGAUGUAUAAUUCUUAACGCAUGAAUCACAAUAAGGCUCAGGUACGUUUAGGGGUGUUUUUUUUUUCUUUUUCGUAGAGUGGACCAAUUUUAAUUUUUUAAGUGUAUUUUUUAUUGACUAACCAAGACCUUUAAAGUGAUAUGUUACAUAUGUUACAAUUUGAAAAUAUUUGAGUUACCUCCUACUCCCCUUUCCCCUGAGGUUCAAAGAUUUGACUACUGUCAUUAUUAGUGUGACCCUUUGUAGCUAGGGUAUCCAACAUAACAAAAAAGUGUAAGGGGGUGUAACUUGCUUUUAAAUAACUCUGUGUAUUAGAUCUUUUAUAAUUAUGUUAUUUUAUGAAAAUAUGUUUUUGUUUAAUGUGAGUUUAUAUAAAAUACAUGUACAAAAAGAAUGUAUUAUAUUUUCUUAAAAACGUCUAGUAAAACUAUGUUGGCAAUUUAUGCAUGUUUUUAAAUGUCUGGUUGCCUGGACGUUGGCACUGAAAGGGUUAAUAAAUAUAAUUUUGUAAUAUUCUGUUGUGUAACUGUUGAACGGUAUGUUUUACACUGAAUAUGUAAAUGUAAAACUUGUUCUAAAUUCUGUGCUUCUGUGAAAGUUAUGAAGCAUUUCAGAAGAAAUAUUCAUUAAAUGUUUUAAACACUUUAUGAAUAAGUAAUCAAAGGAGUGUUCAGUACAUGGAUAUUAUAUUUGAGCUUUUUCUCCAAACAGUGUUCUCUUUUAACAGCCAUUUUGGUUCUCUGAACAAAUUACAGCCAUUUUCAUAUAUUCAGUAACAUGAGAGGAAGGUGUUUAAAAUAUCUUGUAUAACCUAACGCUCGUGUUUAUCUAAUGGGCUAAUAAUAGUGAGUUGUAAGUACAAUUUUAUUAAGAAAGUAGCUCUUCAAAGUUUAAAUGUUUCAAAUAAAACUUAUGAAAGUAGAAACAUUAUUAUAGGUAAGAAAAAGCUGUACAUUUUAUUUUUUCUAGUUUAAGGAAAACUUGUUCAUCCAAGGGGGACAAAUGUACAGAUAUUUCCCUGUAUCUCCGUAUAGAAAUAUAUUUUUAUUUAUUUUAAGAGAGUUUAUUUGAACCGUAUCACUAUAAGGAGAGUAUAAUAAAUAAGUGCAACUUUUUAUCUUUGUUUAUUAGAAUGAGAUAUAUAUUGGUUUGAUACCAUUUUUUUUGCUACAUUCUGAUUAUUUUUAACUAAUUAAGAAAAAUAUUGGUAGGUUGUACAAAAUAAGUCACAUAAAUGUUUUCAUAACAGCACAUAUUCAUUUUAUAUAUUACAAAUCUGACUACCAAGAAUUGUUUGUUAGAAUACAAAAUUUUUGUAGCAAAUUUAUUAUGACGAUGCAUUGCAAUUUUAGUUUGAACAAAAAAAAUUAAAGCAGAGUUAAUUCUAUUGUAUAAGUUAUUAACGGUUAAGUAAUAACUUGAAAAUUUUUUGUAUUUUUUUCCAGAUGAGUACAGGAGAUGAUAACUGCAGUAUUUGUAAUGGGUUAAAUCAAAUAUUGCUCUGGCGGCAAGUAGUUUGCCUGAGAUACUAUUGGAAUAUGUUGAGCAAAUUGAAUGUGAACACAUUUUGAGAUAGUUUCAAACAAAUAAAACUUUUAUAGCUGGAAGUAAUAAAACUGAAAUAACUAAAAAUAUAUCUUAUUAUUGUUACAUUUUUGCAAGAAAUUUUAAAAUUAAAUGAUGUACUGUAAAAAAUGGCUAACAAAUUAAAAUCAACUUAAUAUUGCUGAUUUGUAUUUUUUUAUGGUAUUUUUAAAACAAGUUUUAUUCUAUUUUGUCCAGUUACAAAAAAAUUAAUAAUUUAUUAUUAUCACCAAUAAGAAGAUAUGGUAACUAAAUAUUUAUAUGUACAGUAAUCUGUGUUGAAAAUGUGUUCACUCUUUUGUUCAACAUCUAUCUACAUAAUGAAAUAUUUCCUGUAACAGUUUUUACCAUUUUAACCCAAAGGUUAUUGUUUGUAAUUUACCAAAUUGUAUGUAUUUCUUUUCCAGUCUAUUGAGAAAAUAUUUAAAUAAAUAUAAAUGGUUUUAUAAAAAAGAAA